GAAAUCACGCCAGCCCUCGCAAUGUGACGAUAAAUAAAAAAAUAAAUAAUUAGCAAAUUUCCAAAUAAUCCAAAUUCCAAGUUCCUUGUACUACGGCUUGCACCUGCCCAUCGGACAAACGUCGACAGUGUGUGCGUGGUGUGUUAUUGUGUAUGUCGAUCAAAGUCAUAUUUUGGCCCCAAAAAAUCGAGUGAAAGUUUUUUCAUCUUUGUUUUGUAAUUUGCAGCCAGCAGUCGAUGCAGCAGUCGAUGUCUUGGAUUUCUACAUAAGGCCUUCCCUUCCUUGCAUAGUUUUGCGCCAGAACGAUUGCCACGGAACGGGGACAAAGGGCUAGGGGAGAAGGAGCGCGCGUACCAAGCACAUAACUGUCCGGAGCAACUGCUGCGUCGCUGUGGCUGUUUCCGCGCACAAAACAAUGUGCGAUACCAAAGACGAGGCACAGAAAUGGAAAUGUGAAAUCUGCACCUACGAAAAUUACCCAUCGUCACUGAAAUGCACCAUGUGCCAGGCCUCGAAGGCGCUGCUGAGCGAGGAUAUCUUUCGGCUCAGUCCAGCGCAGGAGAGCAGCUCCAUCCCAGAGGAGGCAGCGUCUGGGCUGGCUGCUGUCGAGCCAACGCCAACACCGACCUCCACGUGCUACACGCUGCAGUCGCAGCAAUCGCAGCAGCCCCAGUUGCGGCAGAGCAAUGUUGUCGACAGCGAGAAGUGGGAAUGCAAGGUGUGCACCUAUCUCAAUUGGCCACGUAGUGUGCGCUGCGUGCAAUGCUGUACCAAACGCGGCGGCGAGGCCAUGGAAAGCAGAAAUGAUAAUGACAAUGAGGCGGAUGUUGAUUGCAUCGAUCGAGCUGGAGAGGCACUACACGCACUGCGCAUCAGCGGCUCGGAUACGGAACUCGUAUCCACUAAAGACACGGCCGCGAGACAACAACAGAAGCCACAGUUAAUAGGAGCCACUGCCUCCAAUCGCCUCAGUCUCAGUCCCAGUCCGACCAUCGACGAUGCCACGUAUCUGAACAAUCUCGCCAAUGCAUCACACAACCAGUCGCCGAAUAAAAGGCCUGCCAAUCAACAACAACAUCAACAGCACCAGCAGCAACAGCAGCGGGACUCUUCUGUGGCUGUUGCUGUCCCGCUGCAGCCGAAGCAUUGCUAUGUGGCCAAGUGGGCGUGCAAUUCGUGCACCUACGAGAACUGGCCCAGGAGCAUCAAAUGCUCCAUGUGCGGCAAGACACGGGAGCGUGAGAUAAGCGGAUCACAAAACGACUUGCAUGCCUCCUCCAGCCAGACCAUCCAGGACGAGCAUCAGAACGUAGACACCGUCAGCGUCAAUAACUCAUUCAAUAAAAAGCACAUUUACCAACUGGGUUCCUCGGAAACCAUCAACAACUGUGAUACGCUGCAAGAGCGGCAGGAACGGCGGCAGCGUCAAAUCAGGCGACAAGUGGACUGGCAAUGGCUGAAUGCCUGCUUGGGCGUCGUCGAGAAUAACUACAGCGCUGUGGAAGCGUAUCUGUCAUGUGGCGGCAAUCCGGCCCGCUCACUGACCAGCAACGAGAUAGCCGCCUUGAAUCGCAACUCGGCCUUUGAUGUGGGUCAUACACUGAUCCACCUGGCCAUACGUUUCCAUCGCGAGGAAAUGCUGCCCAUGCUGCUGGCUCAGAUCUCUGGUUCGGGGCCAGGAAUAAAGCGUGUGCCCUCCUAUGUGGCGCCGGAUCUGGCCGCGGACAUUCGCCGACACUUUGCCAAUACGCUCCGUUUGCGCAAGUCUGGCCUUCCCUGCCACUAUGUGCAAAAGCAUGCCACCUUUGCCCUCCCCGCCGAGAUUGAGGAAUUGCCCAUUCCCAUACAGGAGCAGCUGUACGAUGAGCUCCUGGACAGAGAUGCGCAGAAGCAGUUAGAGACGCCGCCGCCGGCUCUCAACUGGUCGCUGGAGAUAACGGCACGUCUCAGCUCGCGGAUGUUUGUCUUGUGGAACCGCAGUGCUGGCGAUUGCCUCUUGGACUCGGCCAUGCAGGCCACAUGGGGAGUCUUCGAUCGCGACAAUAUCCUUAGACGUACGCUGGCCGACACACUGCAUCAGUGUGGACAUGUGUUCUUCACGCGCUGGAAGGAGUACGAAAUGUUGCAGGCCUCCAUGCUGCACUUUACUCUGGAGGAAUCGCAAUGGGAGGACGAUUGGAGCACACUGCUUUCGCUGGCUAGCCAACCAGGCUCAUCUCUGGAACAGUUGCACAUUUUUGCGCUGGCGCACAUCCUUAGACGUCCAAUUAUUGUUUAUGGCGUUAAGUACGUGAAGAGUUUUCGUGGUGAAGACAUUGGAUAUGCGCGUUUCGAAGGUGUCUACUUGCCUUUGUUCUGGGAUCAAAACUUUUGCACCAAAUCACCCAUCGCCCUGGGCUAUACACGCGGUCACUUCAGCGCCUUGGUGCCCAUGGAGCCGUUCACACGCAUCGAUGGGCGACGCGACGAUGUUGAGGACGUCACCUACCUGCCACUGAUGGACUGCGAGCUCAAGCUCUUGCCCAUACAUUUUCUCACACAGUCGGAGGUGGGCAAUGAGGAGUCAAUGAUGCGCCAAUGGCUGGAUGUUUGCGUAACUGAUGGCGGUCUGCUUGUGGCGCAACAAAAGCUGGGCAAACGUCCCCUUCUGGUGGCACAAAUGCUGGAGGAAUGGCUGAAUCAUUACAGACGCAUUGCACAAGUGAUAACUGCGCCGUUCGUUCGUCGCCCACAAAUAACACAUUACUCCAGCGAGGGAGACUCGGAUGAAGAAUAGAUAUUGCACACACACACACACCCCAUAUAUAUUUAUUGUCUCUUACAUAUUCUUUUACCGAGUCGGUAUCGUAUCAGAGACGAAGUUCAAGAAGAGUUAUGAAGUGCGGAGAUCCUACACAUUUGCAGUUGGAGUUGAAGUUAGCUAAUGGAAACUAUAGAAAAUACGUACACAUAUGCAUACAGUUGAAAUUUGUAGUUGUAACUAAUUUGAAAGAAAAACUAAAGAUUAAGAAACAAAGUACGAAAACAGUACAGACACAUUCAUUGUCGGUAGGUAUAUCAUAUCCGUUCCCAAUUCAACGUUUGUUGAUUUUAGUCAAAUUUAUUCACAUUGGGUCGAUGCGGCGUACGAUUAGACCAUAUAGUAAACGAAAUUGAAGCUAAACCCACACACACACUGGUAGAUCAAAUUACACUUAUACAAUAAUCUGUAACAAUCCAUUGGGUGCAAUCUAGUGCAGGGCCGACGGGGGAGAAACUGAAA